UGUUUGAGUUUUCGAGCUGGUGGAAGUGGUCGGCAAUGGCACGUACGGACAAGUGUACAAGGGUCGACAUGUCAAAACCGGACAGUUGGCAGCCAUCAAAGUCAUGGACGUGACUGAAGAUGAAGAGGAGGAGAUUAAGCUGGAGAUUAACAUGCUGAAGAAAUACUCUCAUCACAGGAACAUCGCCACGUAUUACGGCGCAUUCAUCAAGAAGAGUCCUCCAGGACACGACGACCAGCUGUGGCUGGUGAUGGAGUUUUGUGGAGCUGGUUCAAUCACAGACCUGGUGAAGAACACUAAAGGGAAUACCCUGAAGGAAGACUGGAUCGCGUACAUCUCCAGAGAAAUCCUCAGGGGUCUGGCUCACCUGCACGCUCAUCACGUCAUUCACAGAGACAUCAAGGGCCAGAACGUGCUUCUGACUGAAAACGCAGAGGUCAAGUUAGUGGACUUUGGUGUCAGCGCUCAGCUGGAUCGAACCGUGGGCCGCAGGAACACCUUCAUCGGGACACCGUACUGGAUGGCUCCAGAGGUCAUCGCCUGCGACGAGAACCCAGACGCCACAUACGACUACAGGAGCGAUCUGUGGUCCUGUGGGAUCACGGCGAUAGAGAUGGCCGAGGGCGCUCCUCCGUUGUGUGAUAUGCAUCCCAUGCGAGCGCUCUUUCUCAUACCCAGAAAUCCUCCACCCAGACUCAAGUCCAAGAAAUGGUCUAAGAAGUUCUUCAGCUUCAUCGAGGGCUGUCUGGUGAAGAACUACACGCAGCGGCCGCCCACCGAUCAGCUGCUGAAGCACCCCUUCAUCAGAGACCAGCCCAACGAGAGACAGGUGCGCAUCCAGCUCAAGGACCACCUGGACCGCUGCCGCAAGAAACGAGGAGAGAAAGACGAGACCGAGUACGAGUACAGCGGCAGUGAGGAAGAGGAGGAGGACACUCAGGAGCAGGAGGGAGAGCCCAGCUCUAUCGUGAACGUGCCGGGCGAGUCGACUCUGCGGCGGGACUUCAUCCGUCUGCAGCAGGAGAAUAAGGAGCGCUCGGAGGCCCUGAGACGCCAGCAGCUCCUCCAGGAGCAGCAGCUCCGCGAGCAGGAGGAGUACAAGCGGCAGCUGCUGGCCGAGCGACAGAAGCGCAUCGAGCAGCAGAAGGAGCAGAGGAGGCGUCUGGAGGAGCAACAGAGACGAGAGCGUGAGAUGAGGAGGCAGCAGGAGCGAGAGCAGAGGAGGAGAGAGCAGGAGGAGAAGAGACGCCUGGAGGAGCUGGAGAGGAGGCGCAAGGAGGAGGAGGAGCGCCGAAGGGCCGAGGAGAAGAGGAGGGCUGACCGCGAGCAGGAGUACAUCCGGCGGCAGCUGGAGGAGGAGCAGAGGCACCUGGAGGUCCUGCAGCAGCAGCUGCUUCACGAGCAGGCCAUGCUACUGGUGGAUGAGCGUCACCGGAGGAACGUGCAGGGGUCUCCUCAGGCUGCCGUCAUGCAGAAGCAGCCGCCCCCCGUGCCGCCGCGUUCAGAGCCCUUCUCCAAUGGCAGCAGCGCCGCCGAACCCAGCCACCGGCCCGCCGACCCGCAGGAUUUGACGGCCCUGGCUAAAGAGCUGCGUGCCGUGGAGGAUGUGCGGCCACAGCACAAAGCCACUGACUACUCCUCCUCCAGCGAUGACUCCGGGACCACUGACGAUGAAGACGACGAGGAGGUGGAUCAGGACGUGGGAGAGGAGUCGACGUCCGGCCCGGAGGACUCCCGCGGAGGCUCGUCCAGACUCAGUAAUGGUGAGACGGUAGCAGUGAAGACAAUGGUUGUCCAAGAUGACGACGCCUCCUCUACGCCGUGCAAAGACAGCACGCUGGUCAUGCGACAGUUCCAGAGAUCAGGGCCUGUGACACUGUUGGGUUCAGGCUGGAAAGACGCUCCUAGUCCCAGUCCUGUAGAGAUUGGGCAGAGGAGCUGCAUUAGGGGUCGAAAUCCCCUGCUGCCCGACCUGCUCCAGCAGAGUCAGCGCUCUCCCCCCUCUUCCUUCUCUCCCAGCAGCCCUGCCCCAUCCCCCCUCAGUCCCUCGGACAGAGUCCCGUGCCUAGCAGAGACUCCCACUGUGCCGAAGCACAAGUCUUCCUCGUCUUUCACACCCUUCAUUGACCCGCGUCUCCUCCAGGUUUCUCCAUCCACCGGCAGCGCACUCAAUAAUGCUGCUUACAGUAAUGACGCUCGACUGCAGGAGGCUCUGCGGCAGGAUGCGUCCCGUAAGGGAUCGGUAGUCAACGUCAAUCCUGUCAACACACGGCCCCAGAACGACACUCCAGAGAUCCGCAAGUACAAGAAGAGGUUCAAUUCAGAGAUCCUGUGCGCUGCUCUCUGGGGUGUGAAUCUGUUGGUUGGGACAGAGAGCGGCCUCAUGCUGCUGGAUCGCAGCGGUCAGGGGAAAGUCUACCCGCUCAUAAGCCGCAGACGCUUCCAGCAGAUGGACGUUUUGGAGGGACUCAAUGUGCUUGUGACGAUUUCAGGGAAGAAGAAUAAAUUGCGGGUGUACUAUCUGUCCUGGCUGAGGAACAAGAUCCUCCAUAAUGACCCUGAGGUGGAGAAGAAGCAGGGCUGGACCACCGUAGGAGAUCUAGAGGGAUGUGUGCACUACAAAGUUGUGAAGUACGAGAGGAUCAAGUUCUUGGUUCUGGCCCUGAAGAAUUCAGUAGAGGUGUAUGCGUGGGCUCCCAAACCAUACCAUAAAUUCAUGGCUUUCAAGUCCUUCGGUGAUCUGGUGCACAAGCCGCUGCUGGUUGACCUCACAGUUGAAGAAGGCCAAAGGUUAAAGGUCAUCUAUGGGUCCUUCUCUGGCUUUCAUGCUGUGGAUGUGGACUCAGGAGCCGUCUAUGACAUUUAUCUGCCAACUCACGUAUGUACUGAUGGUGAAAAGCAUCUGAAAUUGUCCCGUGGUGUUUUCCUGCCUCUUCAUCUUGCUCUCUCUUCAUUGUUUCAGAUUCAGACCAGUAUUCAGUCGCAUGCCAUCAUCAUCCUGCCGAACACCGAUGGCAUUGAGCUGCUGGUGUGUUAUGAAGAUGAGGGCGUGUAUGUCAACACCUACGGCCGCAUCACCAAAGACGUGGUGCUCCAGUGGGGCGAGAUGCCCACCUCAGUGGCUUAUAUCCGCUCUAACCAGAUCAUGGGCUGGGGAGAGAAGGCCAUAGAGAUCCGCUCGGUGGAAACAGGACACCUGGAUGGAGUUUUCAUGCACAAAAGAGCACAAAGGCUCAAGUUUCUGUGUGAGAGAAAUGACAAGGUGUUCUUUGCGUCUGUGCGUUCUGGAGGCUCGAGUCAGGUGUACUUCAUGACGCUGGGCCGCACCUCUCUGCUCAGCUGGUAAAGCAGCAGUCAGAGCCAUCGGUGGAGUUCUCGACACGAUCAGCUGAGGCCAGGCCACACGAACGGCCCGAGCCCGCUGCAGGACUGACAAACCGGCAAACACACAUAACUGAACCUGCUGCCUGAGGAACGGCUCGAGUAUCUCCAGUAUUAUUGCUCGUCUGUGUAAAUGUCUUUCUCUAGAGUUUAAUACAAUCUGACUCCUCUGAGAGGAACGCUGACAUCCUGCUGUUGUGUCACACAUAGUGUUCUGACAAUGGUGAAACACAAAAUGGCUUUGUUUUGUCAUGUAUUUUUAUUUAUGGCUUGUAUUUAUUUCUAGGUUUUUAUUUGUUUUUACUAAACAGAGUAGUUCCUGUAAUGUGGAGGAUUGCGGAGAGCUUGAAACAUUUCCUGACAGUGUUCCCAGUGUGCUCUCAGGUAAUGGUCAUGUGACGUCAGCCGGAAGCGGGCCGCUGCGUCAAACACAUGGGUUUGGAUGAAUUAGUCAGUUUAGGCUCUCUGUUGCCUCUCCUCAUCUCGUCUGCUCUCAUGGCGUCUCUUUUCCAUUUUUUAUUGUCUCUUAUCCUCUUUUUUUUUCUUCUGUCAUGUGUUCGAUGAGUUUUAAUCAGGCUGUUCAACAAGCAUCUCCACUGGCCUUGAGACGUGUCCCGUCCUAAAGCUUUGAACAGCAUCUUUUAUUAGAACCUUGAGUGAAAGCUUAUUCUGCAGUUUACUGCAUUGGAGCCAGAAAACUGAAACUGAACUGUCCACUCAACAUCCAGAGCAGAAACGCUGUUAUAGACCUGACAUUCGACCCCUGUGAAGAUCUCUGUUAGGGAAACACUACCUUCAGCCGGACGUGAAAGACUGUCCUGGUCAUGGACUCUGAUUACUAUGAUCUGAAACUGAACUGUUUAUAUUUAAUGAAAGGCAGGACUGAGGAAUGAAGCGGCUGAACCAAAGGAAAGAGAUGAGCACUCGCCACACAGCGCUUCUUCUGUCCUGUCUUCUCUUCCUACACACACACACACACACACACACACACACACACACACUGACACUGCACACACACACACACACACACACUGACAC